GCCACACGGCCACAUUCGCUGCCCAGAACUCGACCCGAACAGAACAAAUCUCGACCAAGGCGCGCCUCCAUGAGAAACUCUCGCGAAGAAUUCGACAAGAACAUGGGAAAAACGUUCAACUAGAAAACCAAAUACAUUUUUUUUUUUGGCAAAAUUGUGAUACAAAAGUGAUGCAAAAUUGAGUGAUAAAAACCAAGAAAAUCUCAAUUCAAACGCUGCCAAAAGUAACAACAAAACGGAACGAACGGUGGUGGUGAACAGCUGUUGUACGCUCUCACUCUGUUCAGUAAAACGUGCUCUCGCUCUCUUUCGAGUAAUUCAGCAAACGCGCUCACAGUCCCACUGCAUUCAGCACGCCGCACGGUUCGUCAUAGUGCCAUGCUUAAUCAGAAUUACUAUGCUCGGGCUGGCCAACGCGUUCGGACGCAAUUUCUCUAGAAACUGAAAACUGAAAGCCGAAACGGAAACGGGAACGGGAACCAGAGAAAGAACUGUAAGCCAGCCAACAGCCAAGCAGUACACUGAGCGCGACAAAAGACUGAAAAGCAAAAACAAAUAAAAGCCGCAGCUAAAAAUAGUAAAAACUCUAAGCGCUGCAUUUAAACAAAAAACUAAACCAAGACUGAUUAAAACGCUAAAUAUACAACAAAAUACAAUAAACGAAACAAAGUUAAACAAAGUAAAAGUAAAAUACGAUACGAAUACGGGUUCUAAUAGAAAGCAGCAACAAUUCCGAACGGAAUAAGCUGCAAAUGGAUUAAGGUUCCUCCUCUCACACACACACUCAAAAAACACACACUCAACACACACUCACGGAUUACCUGCAGCCACAACAACCGUUAGCCGCGCGCUCUCUUUUUUGGAUUACCAGUGCCAAUACAAAAGAAUAAGAAAAGCAAAAGCAAAUGAAGAAAGAAAUCUAAUAAAAGAAAGAAAAAAAUGUGUCUUGAAUUUUUUUCACAAGUGAAAAGCAAGCAAAACGAAUAAUCACAAAAAUGCAAUAAAAGCAGAGAAUAAAACUAAAAUUAUAACUGUGUUAACGAAGGAGAAGCAGCAGCAGCAGCAGUCGCAGAAGGAGUAGAGGUAGAAGAGAGUAGCAGCAAAAGCACACACUCUCUUGCACACACUCUCUCCCCCUCACACACAACAAUGACGAUGGCCGCCUGUUAUGCCAGCUAUGACAUGUCGUCCCUUUCCCACGGCAUGUCCGCUGCCGCCUUGAAUGCCCUGCAACAGCAGCAGCAGCAGCAACAACAACAGCAGCACAGUCAGGCUCAGCAGCAGCAUCACCAAGCGCAGCAGCAGCAGCAACAGCAACACAUGUACCAUGCCGCCGUGGCAGCGCAUCAGCAACAGUUGCUCCAACAGCAGCAGCAGCAGCAUCACCGCCAGCAACAGCAGCAGCAGCAGCAGCAACAUUCACAUCAGCCCGCCUCCAACACCCGCCACAGCCAUGCGGCGGCGGCCCAAACUCAGGUCGCCGCCGCCGCCGUCGCCACCUCACGCCAACAGCAGCAGCAGCAGCAGAAUGUCUCUGUCAGCAGCAACGCCAACAGCAGCAGCAAUGCCAACAGCAGCGGUGCAACGGCAGCGGCAGCGUCCCCUCAAAAGGACUACAGCAUUCCACUGCACGUCGACUGCAGCGUCGAGUACGAGCUCCCCAACCAGCCGAAGCCACCCGCCGGACAGCGCGUGGAGCCGCUGCUGAUGAUCCAUCCCUGCUACUUCCGCAAAAUGGAGUCGCAGCGGCGCAGUCCCUUCGUGAACAACAUGCAGGCGACGGCCCGCACGGCCAACAACAGUGCAGUCAGCAGUGGAGCGGCGCUUGGCGGGGGCGGAGGAGCGGCCGCCACGGCACCCAGCAGCAGUGCAGCGCGACGCGGAGCCAGGCAGAGUGCGCAGCAGCAACAGCAGCAGCAGCAACAACAGCAGCAGCAACAGCAGCAGCAACAACAGCAGCAGCAUCAUCAAGCGCAGCAGCAACAACAGCAGCAGCAGAGGCAGGUGUACCAGCAGCAGCAGCAACAGUUGCGUCAGCAGCACCAACAAAUGUCGCAGAUGUCGCAGCAGGCGCACUAUCCCGUGCAGCAGCAGCAGCAACAGCAGCAGGAGCAUGUGCGUCGCCAACAGCAGCAGCAGCAGCAGCAGCAGCAUCAGCAUCAAGCGCAGCAGCAGCAGCAGCAUCAGGCGCAGCAGCAGCGAAGCAGCAGCAACCAAAGUCGUCAAAACCAAAGUCAAAGCCACUCCGCAGCAGCAGCGGCAGCAGCCGCAGCCAGCUCCGCGUCGAUAGCCGCCGCCGCGGCGGGCCAGUGGGAUCAGCUGGCAGCGGCACUAGCCGCUCGCACUGCCAUGACGCCGCACCAUAUGCUGGCACCCCCGCCCCACCAGACCCUGUACGCGGCCAAGGGGAGCAACGCCUCUGCGGGAGGAGCCAGCGGCGCCUCUGGGAAGAGGGAUGCCAUGAUUUCCGGUUCGAACUACGGCCAGACGGCGCCCUCCGUCGGUGGCAGCUCGAAGCACCAUCAGCAGCAGCAGCACUGCCUGCCCCCGCCGCCCUGGGACGCCACAGCAGUGGGUGGGGCGGCGCCCGCGCAGAGCAUGGCCAUGCUGAUGGACCGCUCGCCGAUGGCCACAGUUCCUAGCAAUUAUCAGGCCGGCCCUGACACCACGCCCAUGCAGCGGCUGUACGGCGCCACCGUGACGCCCACAUCUGCAGCGGGAGCGGGUCCGGGGGCGGGCGCGUGUCCGGGAUCGACCGGAGGCGCCACCUCUGCCACGGACAAGCUGAGCGGCAAGUACCGGCAGUACCUGCGCUCGCAGCGGAUGCACCCCUAUGCGGCGGCGGCCUCCCUCAACCUGGCCGCAGCCGCCGUGGCCGCCGGGAGCCUGGGGCAGACCUCGUUUGUGCCAUUCGGUGCGGCCGCGGCGGCGACGCCCACAUUCCAGCAUCUGCAGCAGCAGAUAUCCUGCUACAAUGUGUGAUCCCCCUCCCAGGAGCAGCGCGGAGGCAGAAGAAGCAGCAACCAACUGAGACAGGCGCUUACCAAGUAAACGUCGA